AUGAAAAAUUCAAUAUUAUUCCUAUUAGUUUCAAUACUCUCCACAAUUGUCACAGCUGCUGAUACUUCAGGUACCUCAGGUAAGAUUCAAUUUUCUGGAGUCGGUUACGAUUUUACCUACAAACCAAUUAGUAAGAUCAAUAACAAUGAUAAAAAUUGUUCUUGUGAAAUUUCAGACAAAGAGGAAUGGUUCACUGGUACAAACGCUCCAUUCUCUGAAUAUUUAGCUGUUCAUAUAAGAGGUCCAAUAAAAUUAUCUAAAUUCGCUUAUUAUACUUCACAUCAUUUCUCAAUUGACGAUAACUCUUCUACUAAUUGGAAUCGUUCUGCUUUAUUCGAUAAUACAAAGGAUUUUGUAGUGAUGGAUAAUAUCACUUUUCUAGGUCAUCAAGGUAAGGAUUCUAAUUGUUUAGGGAAAGCUUUAACUUAUGUGGGAGAAGAUGCUAUAACACCACAGAAGACAAAUACUGCACCUAGUAAAUAUAUGCAAGAUUUGUCAAAUGUAGAAUAUAUUAUGUAUUCUAACAUAUCAUGUCCUAAAUCUAGUGUCAAUGGUGGAUGUGGUGUUUACCGUAGUGGUAUUCCUGCAUUCUAUGGGUUUGGUGGUGUCACCAAAAUGUUUUUAUUUGAGUUUUCUAUGCCAAAUGAUUUAGAGGGUAGCAAUCACACAUCAUAUUACAAUGCUCCAAAUAUUUGGUUAAGUAGUGAUUCACAACCAAGAGUCACAAGUGAAUCUGAUUAUCAAGGUUACUGUUCCUGUGUUUUCCAAGGAUGUGGCGAAAUUCAAGUCUUUUCAGCCAAUGCUACCAAGAUGAAUUCUUCCAUUGCUACACUUCAAGGUUUAAACGGUACCAGUUCUGACAACUUUUACUCCAUGUUCUCUAAUAUGUACGGUCAUGGAUCCUUUGAUAGACCAAUUAAUACUACUGCAACUGGUGGUAUCCUUUUUGAUUCUGAAGGGAAUAUCGUGACGUUCAUAUCCUCAGAUAUUACCUUUGAUGAGGAAUUGACUGCAAGUUCAAUUAACGCUAUAUUAGCAAACAUCCCUGAAUUAGGCGCAACAAAACAAUUGAAGGCUGGCGUUAAGAGUGCUCCAACCUCUACGGCAAGUCGUAAUAGUGCUAAUUUAACACCCUCCAAGGUAAAUGAUUGGAUGUAUAUUUUUACAAUUGCAACCACUUUACUACAUUAUAUAAUGUGGUAA